GGGUUGCGUAUACGGCUCAGUCCCGUUGAUUUAUUAUUAUUAUAUUGUAAAGGACGGUACCAGACAAGCUGGAAUGGAGUGGACGUAUUGAAAGGCGCAUUAGAAUUGAUUACCCUGCAAGAUUUAUUUGGCCGUGAAAAACCUGCAACAGUAAUUGAACUUGGUAGUUAUACCGGAGGCUGUGCAUUGUGGUAUGCAGACGUAUUAAAAUGUUUUGGUAUAAAGUCUCACGUUUAUUCUAUCGAUAUUUCAUUCGACUGCUUGCAUAAAACGGCAAAAAUGAGGGAGGAUAUCACCUUUAUAAAGGCAGACGCCACGAAGGACAUGAAGAAGAUUUUCCCAGAAAAAAUGUUGAAGGUAUUUGGCUCCAGUUAAAAUUUUUGUACACCAUUGGGCGAUUUUUUGUUGAAGACAAUGAAAUUUUGACAGUGAUAUAUAGCGGAGCCCUCCGCAUGCAGAUUUAAUUAAUAAAUUAACAAAGCAUUAUUUACAGCUUUUGCAGUUGGCAUUAAAACUGUAUGUUUAUCGUAGGAGCUACCUCAUCCCUGGUUCAUCUCUGAAGACUGUCAUGUCCCAAUGGAAAACACGUUGGGUUAUUUGGAGCCAUUUAUGGAGCCUGGCGACUAUCUGUUAGUUGAAGACACACACCCAUCAUUUUGUGCACACACUGGCCAAGGUAAUAUUUGUCUCCAUGAUGUUUUGUUGAUAUUAUUACACAUGCCAAAUAACGUCGAAUGUCUAAUCAACAGCCACCAACGGGAAACGGUUUUGCCCGUGUAUCUAAAUAAAACUGUUAAUUACAGGAACCUCCGAUUAACGGCCUCUACAGUGUGUAUCAAAAAAAGUUAGCCUUUUAAAUUUAAAUCAAGCUAUUAUAUAUUUCAUCUGACAAGCUAUAAUUGCUUCGAACAAGUUAGCGACCCGUAAAACAAAAGACUUUCUACUAGUAUGGGACAUGUUCAAAGCAGUUGAGAACAAUCAAAUCGCUUAUAAUUAUCGUUAAUUUGAAAUUUGAAAGGCUAUAUUUUUUUUUAUACAUACUGUAGUUAACGGACCUCUAAUUGAUAGUACCUCCAAUUAACGGACCUCUAAUUAAUGGAGGAUCUAUUAGUAUUAUUGCUAUUAAAUUAAUGCAUAUGGUAUUAAUUGAUUAACAGUUUUAAUAUGAGGUCCCGCUAAUAUACAAUGAUGCCAUGGAAAUUAUCUUCUACAAAAUGCUACGAACAAUUUAGUCUUUCCAAAGUCCUUCGCUGUAGAGCAUUCCCUCUCCGCCACGUAGAAACGUAUUCUCCAAUUUUUAACCCAGCGAGCGACUUCCGGCAAGCCUAUACAAACAAUUAGAAGCAUUAAAAAAAGAUAAACACAUCCAUUAUGCUUUCUAUACAGUUAUUGGAAUUAGCUGACGUAGAUGUUUCCAUUUUUCAGUGCAUAUCUGAGUUACAAACUAAGUCUCUAAGAGUUCAAGGCCAAUAAUUUUUUUGCAGAAUAUCGACAUAAUUUACAGUGGCGUAACUUUGUGCUAAAGGACCCCGGCUUUAACUGGAAUAGGCCUCUGGUCCUGCCCAUUUAAAGUGGCGACGGGGGCGGAAAUACGUCAAAAUGAUGCAAAAUUUAGUGCUGAAAUACAUCAACUUCGCCACUUUGUUCUUGUUCAGGCGGCGCCCCUUAAUUGAUUUGGGCCCCUUGUGCCAGGCGGAUUGGUCGGUCCAAUGGAGUUACGCCACUGAAUACACCAAACCAAAUAACGUAUGUUUGAUUGUCUUUCAACAGGUCUGUACACUCCUGGCUUCGACGAAGUUGGUCUUGGAAAACUCAAUGAUUUGACAGAGUUUCUAAAAUCUCGCUCGGGAAAAUUCGUUGUCGACUCUCAUUACACUGAUUUCUUUGGGUAAUUAAAACUUGAAUUGUUUACAAUUUAAAGAAUAUUUCUUUACUGGCAAAUUUGUCAAAAAUUUAAAUUUUCUUCAUAAUUACUAUGUGGUUAGCAGAACUAAAUUCUCAUUUUUGUGUCUUUCACUCUUAGUCACAAUAACUAAAUUCCAUUUUCCCAGUCCAAAAAUAGGGAAACCACCUUUAGGUCCCUUUUACCACCUUAGGACCCUCGUAUCAAUUUGAAUUUGUUGUUCUUUUUUCAGGUAUAAUGGUUCUUCAAGUAUGAAUAGUUAUCUAAAGCGUGUUUAG